AUGGCAGACCUCCUGGAUUGCCCGCCAGAAAUUCUGUGUUCUAUCCUUGAGUGUCUACCUGCGCAUCAUCUUCGCUCUAUUUGCCUUGCCAACAAAGGUUUACGCAAAAUCGCCGAGCCUCUACUGUACGCUAGGAUUGAGUUGGUAUGGAACGAAGCUCGAACUCCUCCGAUUAUCCCGUUCAUACGAAGCCUUCAGCGACGGCCUUCGUUGGCUAAUCAAGUCCAACAUCUUACUCUCAAUGCGCGCUGGCGAUCACAUCUCUAUGGGAGAGUUAUGAUCGAAGAUCCGGAUGGGUUCAGCUUCCACCAACUCCCUCCCAGCAUUUCCGUGGAUGGCUCCGAGUUGGCCAGCCUUGUUACGACGAUUCAAGACAUCAACCCGCCUUUUCGUGACUUAUGGAUACAAGAGCUCGGAAAUGGCGUAAUGGAUGCCUUUGUUAUACUGCUGCUAUCAUUGAUUCCGAAUUUAACGCAUCUACGUCUGAUCGGCGUUUUCGCUCGAGAGACUCGUCUUCUUGGUAUGCUGCUGAGAGCUUCCCUCUGUCAGACUUCGCAUUGCGAGCUUCCACGAUUCCAGUAUCUGCAGGAGGUUGAUUUUGAUCCCGAAUUGAACCCUUUUCGAGAUUGGCAGACCAAGAAUACAGCGGACGUCCUUCCAUUACUUUACCUUCCCUCUGUCCAGUCGAUAAAAUUUGAGGUUGACAACCCUUUCACAUUUUCGUGGCCAACACAUAGACCCAGCCCAUCCAAUAUCACGGCGUUAGAUUUACAGAUUUUACGGGAAGGUCUCCUAGGUUGCAUUCUUGCUGUAACGGAAAAUCUAAAAACGCUUAGGUGGGAAUGGGUAUAUGAGCCAGAUUUGAAAAGCGAGUUCAACAAUCAUGUCAUUAAUCUUGAUCAGAUUAUCACAGAUUUAUCGCUUGUUCAAGAUACAUUGGAAAAUCUGCAUCUAUUGGCCAAUGUCGGCCCUGAGGUACCUGAUUACCCCGUUCUGGAAAUUAAAGGCUCUCUAAGAGGCUUGAAGAACUUCGAAAAAAUACAAACAUUUGAAGCUCCGCAAGUGUUCUUGGUCGGAUUUUCUCCAAACAACAAUUUAGGUUGUCUCGAAGAUUUACUGCCAAAGAACAUCUACCACCUGACCAUCAAUGAUGAUCUUUCAUGGCUGGAAGAAGUUGUCUGGGAAGACCGCGAUCUUUUCGCCAUGCUUCAGCGCUGGUGGGAGAAUCUUACGCCUUACACUCCUCAUUUUCAUAGUUUCGAGCUUUCACUUCUGUGCGAAGAUAGAGGAUGGUGCGCCGAGAUCAGAAAUGAGCUCUCAGAACUAUGUGCUCGACUUGGAAUCCGGCUUGAUAUUUUCAAGAGAAACAAAGACUUUGUUUAUACUUCAUAGACACAAUACUAUUAACAAGUAAUGACCUCCAAAU